GGGCAUGCGCUCUGCCCAGGAUUUCAUUUCAGUCCAGAAAAAGCAGAAGGAAGGAUGGCAGACCAAAAUGUCCACAAUGCUGGUUUUACCCCAGAUGGGAUAGGAAGAGGAUCACUUGGCUCUGGGAUGAUGUCCACAGAGUCAAGAAGCCAUGGAGGAGGUGUGCCUUCUGGAGGAACUACUUCUACCCUGCAAGAAAUGGGUGCCAAAAGCUCAACCCAUUCAUCAGGUUACACCUCUAGUGGGAUCGCCAGUGGAACUAAGGCAUCUGGAAUGAUGUCCCAGGAAGCUAAAUCUCAUGGAGGAGGAAUACGAAGUGGUGGGACAACAUCCAAUGUCCAGUCUGUCUCAAUGGGUGGUAAAGGAAAAAUGAAAUGAAUAAAAAAAGCAUCGCUUAGCCUGCUAACCCUGAAGACACCACUUCUCUAGAUGACAUAAUUGGGGACCUUUCCUUGUCUCCUCCAACCUUGCUGACAUGAAAUGUCAAAAGCUUUAACAUGCUCAAUAAAAACUUUUCUAACGUC